GACGCGCAUGAAAUCGUGAAACCUGCCCACUGUUCGUGAACACAACACACGGAGAGCGUGAGCGCUUGUGAGCGUGGAGACGGACGGUGAGCGCGCUCAUGAUGAGAACAGCCAGUCCAAUUAUCCGUGUGCCUCCCGUGGACACUCCCUUCUCACUUCAGUGCUUACUCAACCACGAAAUCCAGCGCUGGAUUCCAAGAUACUGCUCGCGUGGAGAUUUAAAACUGGACAGAGGCAUGAUCGUCCAGAAAAGAAGACGGAGGGAUGCGAGUGCGUUUGAUGCCAUGAUUAACAUCCAGUUUUUGCUUGUGUGCUCCUGAGAAGAACGGAAAGACAAGAAGUCAAGUGGUCUAGCACUCAGGACAGCUGAUGAGGAGCAGCAGGAAGAAGAGAUCCGACAAAGUAUGGCUGCACCUGAUCUUUUAGAUCCUAAAUCAGCUACAUACAACACCAAACCCCGGCUGUCGUUCUCUUCCAAGCCCAUUGUAUAUAACUCGGGGGACGAUUGUGAUACCAUAACCACCGUAAUGAAGUGGAAAACAGUAGUGGCGAUCUUCCUGCUGGUUGUUCUGUACCUGAUCAUCGGAGCCACGGUGUUCAAAGCCCUGGAACAGCCCCAGGAGAGCUCUCAGAAGUACCUCAUUGUGCAAGAGAAAAUUAACUUCCUUUCCAGGCAUACCUGUGUCAACGUCUCUGAACUGGAGGACCUGGUCAAGCAAGUGGUGAUUGCUAUCCGGGCCGGGGUCAAUCCAUCGGGUCACCCCUCCAAUGAGAGCAGCAUGUGGGACCUCAGCAGCUCCUUCUUCUUUGCAGGGACUGUCAUUACCACUAUAGGCUUUGGAAACGUCUCUCCACACACAGAAGGAGGCAGGAUCUUUUGCAUUAUCUAUGCCCUGCUUGGGAUCCCACUCUUCGGGUUCCUGUUGGCUGGCGUGGGCGAUCAGCUGGGAACCAUAUUUGGUAAAGGAAUCGCCAAAGUGGAAAAGAUGUUUGUGAAAUGGAACGUGAGCCAAACUAAAAUCCGUGUGACAUCCACGGUCCUGUUCAUCCUGUUUGGGUGCCUGCUGUUUGUGGCCCUCCCAGCCCUCAUCUUCCAAAACAUUGAAGGCUGGAGCACUCUGGAGUCCAUCUACUUUGUUGUCAUCACUUUAACCACUAUUGGAUUUGGAGACUUUGUGGCAGGAGGCUCUGAGAUUGAGUAUCUGGACUAUUAUAAGCCCAUCGUGUGGUUCUGGAUCCUGGUGGGUCUUGCCUACUUCGCUGCAGUUCUCAGUAUGAUUGGAGACUGGCUUCGAGUCAUCUCCAAGAAGACCAAAGAGGAGGUGGGAGAGUUCCGUGCUCACGCCGCAGAAUGGACGGCUAAUGUGUCAGCGGAGUUCAAAGAGACGCGCCGCCGCCUGAGCGUGGAAAUUUACGACAAGUUUCAGCGAGCAGCGUACAUCAAGCGCAAGCUGUCAUCAGAGCUAGGCCAAAAUCCUGGUCAGGACAUGAUGCCAUGCAAGAGGACCCUGUCCGUAAACUUCACGGAUGAACUUGAGAAAGAAGGUCUCCCUACCUUGACCAGAAAUGGCAGCCUGUACCUAAACGGUCUAACUCCGGACUGCCCAGAUCACGGCGAGAUCUCCAUCAUUGAACAUCUCAAAUAAAGCUCAAGCUUUUUCUGCACAUGCUAAAACAGGAAGAUACAUUUGUGUCUACAACUAUGUUUGUUCACAAAGCUCUAUCAGAAGCAUUCAUAGCUUUCCUGGAUGUAUGCUGGAGUCAGUGAGCGGGUGACUUUAUGCCUUGUGCCAGUCAAAUGAAUCUGUCUAUUUUGUAGGAUAACAAAGUCUGUAUUCUUGAGCAAAACACGACAACAGCUUUUAUUAUCCAGUGAAUCAUAAUUGUGCCUUAAAAUCACCAGGAAUAGACUUCCCAGAGGCUGCUACACUGAAUGAUACUGAGAAACUUCAUUGGUUUUUGGAUGCGUAUCCCAAACCCAGCAUGUGUGAGCGUCUGUUCAAAAACCAUUACAGGGUAUCAGGCAAGAAUGGCUGAGCGUUUAUGAUAUUGACACAGCUGUGACUGGUUGUUCACAAAUUUAGUUUAUAUCUUGCAUUAGCACAUGGAUUUUUUUUUUUCAAAUCCAGUUGUGACCAAAAAGAUAUGAAACAGUGUUGGAGUUGAAGCAUCUCAGCUUGUUUCAUUUCAUAAUUUUAGAUGUGAUGUGCACUGAUAGCAUGGUUCUGUAAGCAAAUGCAAUUUUUCUGAUAGAAUUGGUCGUAAUUGGAUAUAUGACCAAUACACAAUCAUUAAUCUUUCAUUGCCUGCUGAAUAAAGAAAGUUGUGUGUUAAUGCAAUGUACAAAUAUAUUUUUAGCAUAAAUCUUGUAACAUUUUAUGGUAGUUAUAUUUGCCUUAAAGUGAUAGCUCAACCAAAAAUGACUUUCUGGCAUCAUUAACUCACCAUUAUGUUUUUCCAAACUAAAAAUAAAACCAUUAAAAACACUGAAAUAAAAAAAUAAUGCUAACUGAGAAAAAAAAAAAAAAAAAAAAAAUAUAUAUAUAUAAACUAUUUGACAAGGCAGCAUGUUGCUUUAAUUUAGUGUAAUUGCAUUUACUGAAAUAAAAUGAAUUUUAAAAAUGAUUAGAGAACACAUUCACUAUUAACUAAGAGUUUUCCCUUAAUAAACUCCUAAUUUGCUGCUUAUUUAAAGGAAGGUAGUUGUUUGUAGCGGUUAUGUUUAGGUAUUGGUUAAGGGACCUAGAAAAUGGUCCUGUAGAAUAAGGCUUUAAUAUGUGCUUUAUAAGUGCUAAUAAACAGACAAUAUGCUAGUAAUAUGCAUGCUAAAAAGCAACUAGUUAAUAAUGAAUAGUGUUCCCUAAUCUAAAAUGUUACCAAAACUACUAAGAAUUACAAAAACACAAUAAAAUUGCGAAAACAUUCAAAUUAAAAUGGAAAAUAGAAAAAUUAAAACAGGUUCAAAAUAUUAAUAAAACUAUAAUAGUAUAUGAUUCUAACGUGACUACCGUAACAAGACUUUCUUGAUCAUUCUUUUGAUCUGGAUUUUUUCAGUGAAUCGGUUUAUGAUUCAGUCGCAAAUGUCUUAUGGUAUUAUGGUGAAUAAAUGAUGUCAGAAUUUGACUUUUAGGUGAACUUUUCCUUUAAAUUCACAUACUUUAAAGCCAAAUGAAAUGUCACUUGAUGACUUUGGAAGCUGGUGAACAGAGGAAUGGCCAAAGAUGUAUUUUUGUUUUUUGACUUUGCAGACUGUUGUUAUAAUUUAUUUUGUCACAAGCAAUUUAUUAUCAUAUGUUUUUUAUAAUAGCAUAAAUUUGCCAUUAAGUGAUGCUUUGAGGACUAAAGGAGGAAUGACCAUGAAUGUUCUGUCAAAUGCAUGUAGGCUUUGUGUCAAUACUAAGUGGAUAAUAUACCAUAAUAAUCGAGCCCAGACAAAUAGCCUGCAAAUGACAACCCACAGAAGACUGACGGAGAGGAAAAAAAUCAUCAGGUGUAUAAAACCCUUUAAAACAUGUUUUUAUUGCAAAAGCUUUAUUUUUGAAACGAUGCCUGUAGCAUCUCCUUGUAUUAUUAGCUUAGCAAUGGUACAGCAAGUAUGAUUGGAAAGAUUUUCAACACCAGCUAAACAUCCAAUUCAUUACACUUUUUCAGUGUAGAAAUGUGGUUUAUUCAAACAAGAUAUAUGCAUUUCAUUGUGAAAUAUUUUCUGGUUUAAGAACACUGAGAAACUGGAAAAUCAAAAACAUUUUCACAGUUUUCUUGCCUAGAUUGUACCACAUUUGAUUUGUCAGCCGAUUGUCAGAGGAGCAGUGCCAGACUAACUGUAAUAACAGUAUGUUCAUCUUGCCUUUGCUCUGUCUUCACCACUCAAGCUAACAUUUCUUGAAAACUGCUAGAAGUCUUGCUUGUUAAGCUUGGAUUGUUCUUGUUAGGCUAUUACCUUUGUAUUUUUUUUUUUUUUUUCAGCAGCAUUUUUAUGAGCGUUCCCUGAGCAUUAUUUGUGAUGUUUCUACACAGUUUUACAUCUCGGUGCUUUGCCUUUAAAUAAGCAGAAUAAACAAACAAUAUUCUUAUUCUUCAGAAGACUGAGGGUGUUUUUCCUAAUCUGUGUGUAUUAAAAUUGGCACUUUUAGAAAAUGAUUUUGAUUCUGCAUUGAAGACCAUUAGGUCAAGCCUUUGUGGGAAACUGGGCUGGAUCGGGUCCUUGUGGGAAAGAGCGAUGCUACCGUAAACAAGUGCCACACACUCACAGAUCCCGCUCUCGGUCGCUGAUACAGUCGGAAGCUGACGGUAAGUCUUGCCGUCAUCAAGAGCCAAUCAGGAGUCUGCAUUUCAAGCAUGAGCAGAUGUUAUGCAAGCAUGUCUGAGCGUCCAAAGAAAACAAGAGCCACAGUGUGAAAGAACAUUUCCACUCAUUAAAUCCUGCUGCUAUGCCACUAGUUUGAUCAGAGGACAUCCUGAACAAAAACAACACCAGACUUUAUAUCUGUAAACACAAUCUGUGUGAACUUCAACAACUCCACUGACUGAUCUAUCUAUCCGUCUGUCUUUCCAUCCAUCCAUCCAUCCAUCCAUCCAUCCAUCCAUCCAUCCAUCUAUCUAUCUAUCUAUCAAUCUUUCCAUCUUUCCAUCUGUCCAAUAGUCCAUCCAUCUAUCUAUCUAUCUUUCCAUCUAUCUGUCUGUCUGUCCGAUUGUCCAUCCAUCCAUCUAUCUUUCCAUCUGAUAGUCUAUCUAUCUAUCUAUCUAUCUAUCUAUCUAUCUAUCUAUCUAUCUAUCUAUCUAUCUAUCUAUCUAUCUAUCUAUCUAUCUAUCUAUCAAUCUUUCCAUCUGUCCAAUAGUCCAUCUAUCUAUCUAUCUAUCUAUCUUUCCAUCUAUCUGUCUGUCCGUCCGAUUGUCCAUCCAUCCAUCUAUCUUUCCAUCUGUCCAU